AUGACUGUCCAGAACAAUGCCAGAUUCGACUUCAUUGUCGUCGGUGGGGGUACAGCCGGCAACGUCGUUGCAGGUCGCCUCGCCGAGAACCCCAAAGCUCGGAUUCUUGUCAUUGAGGCAGGUGUUGAGAACGCAAAGGAUCUAGAGCCUAUCAGAGUCCCUUCAAAUGCUAUGCAACUUCGUGAUAGCGAGUAUGACUGGUCGUUCAAAACCACCAUGGUGAAGCGCGAUGAUUACGAGCGCAUCGAAAAGCCCAAUACACGAGGUAAAGUGCUCGGUGGUAGUUCAUCCUUGAACUACUUCACUUGGGCGCCUGGGUCCAAGGGAGUACGGGGAAAGGAGUGGACUUGGGAUCCACUUGUACCUUAUCUGCGGAAGAGCGUUACAUACCACGACGAUCACAACGCAUUUUCCCCAGACAUGAAGAAGAUUGGCGGGGGUGGUCCGAUCCCAAUCGCUCACUCGGAGCUCAUCCCUGAGAUGCAGCCUUUCAGAGACCUUCUCACAAAGGCAUGGAAAUCCACUGGUCACCCAGUCACCGAAAAUAUCUUUGAUGGCACUAUGUCAGGCCUUACUCACAGCGUCAACACUAUUUAUAAGGGUCGUCGAUCCGGCAGUUUCCUCUGUGUUGCUGACAAGUCCAAUGUGACGAUUCUCCCUCGGGCUCAUUCGAAGAGUCUCAUUAUUGACGCUGCCGACAAAACUUGUAAGGGUGUGACUGUCAUCCUCGGCUCCGGCCAAGAGCUCAAUCUUUUUGCCACCCGUGAGGUCAUUGUAUCUGAAGGUGUUUUCGAGACCCCUAAGUUGCUGAUGUUGAGUGGUAUUGGGCCCUCUGCGGAACUUAAAAAACAUAACAUCCCAGUGGUUGUCGAUAGCCCUCAUGUGGGGCAACAUCUGCUGGAUCAUCCCGGUGUUCCUUUCGUUCUGCGUCUCAAAGACGGAUAUGGCAUGGACGAUUAUGUGUUACGAAAAGGAACGCCCCACAAUGAUCAGGCGAUCAAAACAUACGAAAAUAAUCACCGUGGUCCUCUGGGUUCGGGAUUCCUGGAAAUGGUCGGAUUCCCUCGCAUUGACGACUACCUGGAAAAGGAUCCUUUGUACCGUCAGGCCAAAGCCUCCAACGACAACAAAGACCCUUUUUGCCCCUACGGCCAGCCUCAUUUUGAGCUUGAUUUUGUGUGUUUGUUCGGCAGUGCUUUUCAGUGGCACUAUCCUACUCCCAGUAAGGGCAACUAUAUGACUGUCAUGGUGGAUCUUGUUCGUCCUGUAUCGGAAGGCGGUACUGUGACUCUCCACAGCAGUGAUCCUCUCCAGCAAGCCAACAUCAACUUAAACUACUUCAAUAACGAUCUCGACAUCAUUGCUAUUCGCGAGGGUAUUCGCUACGCAUAUGAUGUCCUCAAAAAUGGAGAAGGCUUUAAAGACAUCAUCGAAGACGAGUAUCCAUGGCCAAUGCCGCUGCACGAUGACAAUCUCAUGAAGAGAACUGUACUUGAUCGCUCCCAGACAUCUUUCCAUCCUUGUGGCACUGCCCGUCUGUCCAAGAAUAUUCAACAGGGGGUGGUUGAUCCCGGCCUCAAGGUUCACGGCAUAGAGAAUCUCCGCGUGAUUGACGCAUCUUGUAUCCCUGUCAUCCCUGACUGUCGGAUUCAGAACUCCGUGUACAUGAUCGCCGAAAAGGGCGCCGAUGCCAUCAAACGCGAUCAUUCUGAUUUCUACAAAUAA